GCGUGAAAUCGCGUUUUCUUUUUUUUUUUGUGGGAGAGCAGCAACACAUCAUUUAUUUUUCCCUCAUAUUUAUUACCCUGUUCUUCUUUAAGAUAGAAUAUCUGUUCUUUUAAAACGAAAAAAAAAGCCAAAAAAACCCCCCACCCCAUCAUUUUGUUAAACAGUACAAUCAAAUUGAAUGACAAAAAAGGUGGAUUUACUCAUAGGAGAGCCUUGUCCUGAACUACUUUGUGGGAUAUGUUCAGACGUAUUAGAGGAUCCUUUACAGGUCCAUUGUCCUGAAGACCAUAUGUUUUGUAAAAAUUGUAUCGAAAGUCAUAUCAAACAGCAACCUACUUGUCCUUUGUGUAUGACAAAUCUAGACUCAAAAUCUUUCCAGUUAUCAAAAUUUGCUCAGAGACAAAUUAGUCGUUUACGUAUCAAAUGUUUGUAUGCUGACAACGGAUGUACUUGGACGGGCCUUUUUUCUGACAAUCACCAGUCAGAGUGCAAAUUCAAACCUAUUCGUUGUCCUAAUGCGGAUAAAGGAUGUACAGAAAUCAAUCUGACAGAGUUUAACAAAGAUGAGCACAUCAAAAAUUGUUUAUACCAGCUGAUAACAUGCCCCAACCAAAUGCCAUUGUGUCAACCUUUUUUAUUGAAGGAUUUGGCUAAACAUGAAAAUGAAUGUCAGUCUUAUGCCUGUCCUUAUUCAAAUGAAGGAUGUACAUUUAUAGGCACCCAAACACAGGCUAAUAUGCAUUGUGAACAAUAUUGUGGAAGAUUACAUAAACGCAUCCAUACUUUGGAAGAAGAAGUGAAACGAUUAAACAAACUGAUCCAAGAUUUCACAGUCGGCUUCAGUCUGAAUUUACCACAAACACCAGACACAACAUCCAAAGAGAGGUCUACUACUAUUGUUAAUCAAGAGGAUGAUACAACUAUGGCUGAGAUCAAUUUAUUGAGUCAAAUGUUCAAUGCAGAUCCAUUCGGUCCACUCACGAGCUCACCUACCGCUACCAUCAGUAAUACUACAACAAACAACAAUAUGACUGUUUCAGAUACCAAUGAUAAUACAAUGGCAGAUAUCAAUACACCAAUGAUGGAUAUAACUACAUGCUUAACUGAUAUGGGCUUUUUAGAUUCGUCUGGCUCUACAUCAAAUACUACACUUCAACUGGCGCCUACAGCAACUACAAAUAAUACAAACACGAACGCAAAUACCAUGAACAGUAACUCUACCGCUACAAUGUUGACAAAUAGAAACGUGCCAGCGAUUACAACAGCAGGCACGACUACUCCUUUAGCAUUACCAAAUAUGCCGGCGCCAUCACCAGCAGUUAGUACAAAGGAUUCGGAUAUUACAUUGGAAGAUGCUGCUUCACCUCCAGCCCUAGAAUUUGUUCCACCAUUAAAUGCGCCGAAAAGAGCUUCUAAUGGUAAAAGAAUCCGAUAUAGUAAAAAUGUAAAGCUAGCUCACAAUGCGCUUCGAAUCGCUCGUCAAAGAACCACUGCUACUGGAACUCACAAUAACGAUGCCAUUCAAAACCCCUCAAAUGACGCUAUUUUAAACAAUCUGAAUAUAGCUAAGCAGCAAAAGAAGAAUCAAAUCACAUUCAAGCAUAUGAACGAUGUUUUAAGUAAAGAGGCACAUAACCAUAAUAUCAGUAUGAUGAAUAGUACUCAUAACGAUAAUAGUCGAAAUACAACAAAAUCAACAACAGUUUCAACUUCUGGUAAUAGCAGCACCACCAAUAAUCUAACAUCAAAGAAAGAACGAAAGAAAUCGAGUGCUUCUAAUAUUACUACACCAGCAAAUACAGCUCUUCCAGCACAAUCUAUGUCACCACAGCCAACCACACCAUCUUCUCCAGGGACAACACCUAAUAAUACGAAUGCUACAACACCUAAAAGAAAGCCAAUGUUUAUUCUAGCCUCUUCUUAUUUAUCCAAUUACAGCAGUAAUGGUAGUGAGAGUAAUACCAACACAAAUACUAAUCCUACUUCUCCUACUACUCUUUCCAAUCCUAACGCCACAUCUUAGGCUACUGUAAUAGCCAGACUUCCUUUUUCUUUUUCUUUUUUUUUUUUUUCAAUCUAAUCUGUUGCUCUGUUGUUUCCUCUUUCUUUUUUUU